AUGAGCACACUGGGCUCGUGGGGUGUGACAGCUGGGCUGAAGGUCACCAUCCUCUUGGCUUUCCCUGCUGCUGUCUCCUCUCUGACAGCCCUCAGUGCUGUGACAGCUCUGCUUGUCCUCCCCGUGUCCUGCUGGCCCUGCCACCGCUCCCAGCGCUUCCCAGUGCUCCUGUGUGCCCUGCUCUGGCUGCUCUCCUUCCUGCUCUCUGUCACCCUCCAUUUCUGCCUUUCACUGCUCAUGGCCUUGGUCCUGAGCUGCCUCUUCUCAGUGCUCACCCUGACCUGUUCUGCUCUGGCCCUGCUGGCCAGGGUCCUGCGCUGCCCAUGGAAACAGCCCCCAGGGAAGCUCUGUGCCCUGCUCCUGCUGCCUGUCGUCUCCUUCCCCUUCUUCACUGCUGAUUUUGGGUACUGGCUCUUGCUGAGGGCGUUUGACUUCUCUGUCUUUGCUCCUGGCUCCUCUCUCCCACUCGCCUGUGCCAAGAGCAGUGCCCGCUCUCUGAUUUUCCUGGGUGGGAGCUGUGCAGAGGAAUUCACCCCCUCUGUUAGUGUUGCCUUCCCGAGGGCUUGUGAGGAUGUGCCAGAGCCAGGGCAUAGGGACAACACAGUGCAGUCUUCAUCAAGUGGAAUCAUCAUCAUAGAAAGGCAUCAUAAAAUAGAGCCAUAA